CGCCCCGCACAUCCGCAUCUCCAGCUUCUUGAGGCACUGUUCUCCUGCGCAACUUGCAAGCCAACCUAAUCUAAAGCUCCUCCCGCAACCAUGUCGGACGACGAUGAUUUUAUGCAGGACUCUGACCAGGAGGAGUAUGAUUUCGAGUACGAAGACGACGACGAGGAGCAGGGCGGCGAUGUCGACAUCGAGAACAAAUACUACAAUGCGAAGCAGUUGAAGGGCGACGAUCCGGAGGCAGCUAUCGACGAGUUCCUAGGCGUCCCCGCGCUGGAAGAAGAGAAGGGUGACUGGGGCUUCAAAGGGCUAAAGCAGGCCAUCAAGCUGGAGUUCAAGCUUGGGCGAUAUGACCAGGCUGUGGAGCACUACAAAGAGCUCCUCACUUACGUCAAAUCCGCAGUCACGCGCAACUACUCCGAAAAGUCCAUCAAUAACAUGCUCGACUUCAUAGAAAAGGCGGCAGAAGACGCCGAGGCAUACCGCUGCAUGGAGAAAUUCUAUGCCCUCACACUCGACACAUUCCAGAGCACCAAUAAUGAGCGGCUCUGGCUGAAGACAAAUAUUAAGCUUGCGCGGCUGUGGCUGGAUCGGAAAGACUACCGGCAGUUGACGGAGAAAGUUCGAGAGUUGCACAAGGCGUGCCAGAAGGAGGAUGGAACAGACGACCCGAGCAAAGGCACCUAUUCAUUGGAGGUCUAUUCUCUGGAAAUCCUCAUGUAUGCGGAGACGAGGAACAACAAGCGCCUAAAGGCACUCUACCAACGAGCUCUCAAGGUUAAAUCCGCAGUCCCACAUCCCAAGAUCAUGGGAAUCAUCCGCGAAUGUGGUGGCAAGAUGCAUAUGAGCGAAGAGAACUGGAAGGGGGCGCAGAGCGACUUUUUCGAGAGCUUCCGAAACUACGACGAGGCUGGCUCCCUCCAGCGAAUCCAGGUGCUCAAGUACCUGGUGCUCGCGACCAUGCUGUCGGGUUCGGAUAUUAACCCCUUCGAUUCGCAGGAGACCAAGCCCUACCAGAACGACCCGCGCAUCUCCACUAUGACGGACCUAGUCAACGCCUACCAGCGCGAGGACAUCCAUGAGUACGAGAAGAUCCUGCAGAACAACCGGGACCUCCUCAAGGACCCGUUCAUUGCGGAAAACAUCGACGAGGUCACGCGGAACGUGCGGACCAAGGCUGUGGUCAAGCUCGUUGCGCCCUACACCCGCUUCACGCUCGAGUUCAUCUCCAAGCAGCUGAAGAUCACCCUUUCCGAGGUCCAGGAAAUUGUGGGCUUCCUCAUCGUAGACAAACGCCUUCGCGGCAAGAUAAACCAGCAGACCGGGACGGUGGAGAUCGAGAGCAGCACGGACAUGGAUCGGGUGCAGGCGAUGAAGGAGUGGAGCGCAGCAAUUGGAUCUCUGUGGGCCACGGUCUUGAACGAGGGAGAGGGGUUCAAGUCGGACGACACUGGCUCACAGUUCUCUCCUAGCGGCUCCGGCGAGCCGAGCAUCGGGGGAGUACAGCGAGGUAACUGGAGUCUGAGUGGGCUUGGCUCCAAACCUGGGCGGCAGAAAGGCAAGGGUCCGGGAGGACGACUGCUGGGCGGUGGAAGCAAAGGAUGACUUGCAGCUUGAGUCUGCAAGCCGUUCGCAGGACGACCAAUAGCUGGCGAUUCGGGCCGAGACCUGACGGUGCCACAAUACCGUCACUGGGGCUUUCCUGACCUGAAGAAUUGAAACAUGCCGGGUUCCCCAGAAGGAGAGGGCUGCGGUUGGUCACGCAAGGUAGCACAAGGCAAGAGAUUCCUUUUCACAUGAGCGA